AAGCUGAAGCCAAAAGCUCACUCAGCAUCGAAAGCAUCUCAAGCUACAAUCAACCAUCAAAUAUGCAGUCCAGCAAGGUUCUCUUCGUGUUCUUUGGUAUCAUCGCCAUGGUGAUCGCCGUCAGUCUCUCCUCGGAAGUUGAGGGUCAGGGUGAUGAUGUGAUCAGCGACCGUCGGUUCCGUUGGGAAUUUUCGAAUGAUUCUGAUGAGUCUGCCAACGAUUUGCAAGAGGACGAUGAUGAUGAUGCUGAUGCUGAUGAUGAUGAUGCUGAUGAUGAUGACGAGAAUGAUGAUGACAGCAGCAGCGGAGAAGAUGAAAUUUUGAUCAUCGAAUAUCCUGAAGGCUACGAAAGCGGCUCCGAUGAAAGCGCCUCUGAUGAAAGCGCCUCCAAUGAAUCUUAAUCAUUUAGUUAACCAUUUUUGUAAUGUUGCUUUUUAUAAAUAGUAUUUGUUGUUAUGGCGAAAAGUCUAAAAAAUAUAAGAUA